AUAAAAUAAAAUGGUCUGGUUAACUAAAAUAAUCAUUAUAUUUAUCGUUUUGCUGCACAUUCAAUUGGCUCAACUGAAACAGUAUAUCGAUGAGGGUGACACAUUUGAUGGUUUUAACUCCAUAUUUCAAAAGCCGAAGAAGCAACGAAGCGGGGCCAUGGAGGACGAUAUCGAUCGAGAUCGGGAUCAGUGGAACGGCAAUACCGACAUGGACUCGCAAUCGGGCAUAUGUCCCGCCGAAAAUCCACAGGAUAUGAAGUAUGAGAAGAAGGAUAACUGCAAGGCUGACAAGAAGAUGGUUAAGGAUGAGGACGAUGACGAGGAUGCCGAUCCUGCACGCAAUAGUGAUGACGAUGAUAUAAAUGAUGGUGAUGAAGACAAUGGCGAUGAUGAGGCUAAUGAAGAGGAGGACGGUGAAAUUAAUUUUGAGGAUGAAGCUUUUGUGGCUAGAAUUAACUGCUUGAUGGGAGCUCUGAACAAGCACAUCAAAGCCAUGGCCGAUAAUCUGCAGAUCCUUCAAUGCCGUUUGAUAAAAAAAAAUGAUAACUUAUGUAAAAACAAUAACCAAGGCACUACGCCUACGGAACAUCCUAGUCUGAAAUGGUCGAAGAAGCCGGAUUUCUAUGGGUCAUCCGAGCCGUGUGGUGACGACAACUGUCAUAUCGAGGAGAGUGUGGAUAGCAAAGAGGUCCAGCCACAAGCUUUUGCUGAGGAUCGUCGAGUGCUGGUUCCGCCUCUAUUUCAACUCUUCCAUGGUCCUGUCCAGCUGCAAACCACUUUGAACAGCGGCCAGGACAUCACGGGAUCAAAGUCGAGAUAUUGGAUGAGCUCACCGGAAUCAUCAGACGAAUUUCAGGCUUCAUCGCAGGUACAACCGGAUGAAAAAAAUCAAGUACGAUACGAGGGUUACGAGGCUAAAUUGCGGCGCCUCAUGGACAGUCGGGAUGAGAUCGAGCGAAAUGUGAUGAGAAUGAUAAGUCCGGAGAUAUAA